GCAGGGAAUUAUUUUGACAGAUAUGGCUGAGUGAGCUUGCCGCAGUUUCUGGACUUGGUCCUCAGCCCGGUUUUUGACAUGAUCAAAUGCCUGGCGGAGGACGUGCGAGCCAGGCUGCGCUCUGGAGUGGCCGUGGGCUCGCUGGGGCAGUGCGUCGAGGAGCUCGUCCUCAACAGCAUUGAUGCCAAGGCAACGUGUGUUGCCGUCAGGGUGGAUCUGGAAGCCUUUAAGGUCCAGGUGGUGGACAACGGCUCGGGGAUGGGAAGAGAAGAUUUAAAUAAAAUGGGAAAGCGGUACUUCACUAGUAAGUGCAGCUCAGUGGAGGACUUGGAGAGCCUCAAAUACUACGGCUUUCGAGGGGAGGCUGUAGCAAGCAUAGCAAACAUGGCCAGCGUGGUGGAAGUUUCAUCCAAGACCAACAGGGCGGCAAAGACUUUUGUGAAGCUGUUUCACAACGGGCAAGCGUUGGAAGUCUGUGAGGCUGAAUUGAGCAGGCCGAGUGGUGGAACUACGGUGACCGUGUGCAACCUGUUCCAUCAGUUACCGGUGAGGAGGAAGUGCAUGGAUCCUGCCCUGGAGUUUGAGAGAGUAAGACAGAAAGUGGAGGCUAUUUCGCUGAUGCAUCCCUCCGUUUCACUCUCUUUAAGGAAUGAUGCCUCCUGUGCGAUGGUGCUUCAGCUCCCUAAGACACGAGAUGUGUAUUCUCGUUUUUGUCAGAUUUAUGGACUAGGCAGAUCACAGAAGUUACGGGAAAUAAGCCAUAAGUCUGGAGGAUUUGAGCUUAAUGGUUAUAUCAGUUCUGAAGGACAUUACAAUAAGAAUAUGCAGUUCUUGUAUGUGAACAGAAGACUGGUUUUAAAGACAAGAAUACACAAACUAAUUGAUUUUUUAUUAAGAAAAGAAAGUGUUAUCUGCAAGUCAAAAAGUGUCCCUGCUAGCAGACAGACUAGUUCAAGCCCUGGUCACCAUCGCUGUGGCCCAGAAUUGUAUGGAAUCUUUGUUCUCAGCGUGACGUGCCAGUACAGUGACUAUGAUGUGUGUCUCGACCCUGCAAAAACUCUAAUUGAGUUCCAUAACUGGGAUUUGCUUCUAACUUGCGUUGAAGAAGGAGUGAAAAUGUUUUUAAAACGAGAGCAUUUAUUUAUUGAACCGUGCAACGAAGACAUCAGAGAAUUUAAUGAAGAUAAUGACUUUUGUCUGCAUAGUGUCCCAGUUCAGAAACCUUCAAUCUCUAAUGAGAAAGGCAUCCAAGAUAGUUUUAAGAAAGCUUGUGAUGAAAUUGUGGAUUCCUAUGAAAGGUAUAACUUGCAAUCCAAAGAUGUCAAAAGGAAAUCAGUGAGUGGAAAAACAUCUUCUUUCAAGCCAAAUGGAAAUCCAAAGGAAACUGAAAUAUCCCCCGAUCGAGUGAUGACUGAUCCACCUGACACAUGUAGGAAUAAGGAAGCAAAGAUGCCACUGCCCAGGAAAGAUAGCAAGGCUUCUUAUCUCCGUGUUUCAGGAAUCUCAGGACAGGAGCCAAAAGAUACUGACAUUUCCCAAAAGGUGUGUGAUACUGAUCUCGAAUCUUCAGAAAAGCUCUAUUCCUGUCUUGGUGAAGGGGGCAGGUCAGAACAAAUAGAGUCAGACGACUGUGAUGAGCUGCAGCUUCGUGCAGAGGAUUACGUGAAAGAGACGGGAAGCCAGCAAGGCGGGGUAGUGCAGGAAAGCAGUACCAUCCACUCUGUAAGUACUGAUUUUACUGAUUCGCCAUAUGAGAGACUAGAAGACCCUAGAGAACCAGCAGCAGGACCUGAAAUUUUCACUGGAAGUUCAGUGGUGGGAAUGUGUAAUGUAAAGAAAGGAAACAAGGAAACAGUUGAAAUGGCAAAUGGUGCUGGCAGAAGAGGUCUUGAUUCAAUACCAUUAGAACUGUUUUCUGCAGGCCUUACAACACAUACUGUGCAAACUAAGCCACCACAUGAAUGUGAACAAGUAGAAAAAAGUCACGCAUUAAAUGCGCGUGCUAGACCUGGCCCUGUCAGUGCCAAGGACACUUUUGGAGACAGGGUGAAUUUUCCAGCCCGUUCUUUUAAUGUUAAGGAUAUUUCCAGUAAUCUAAACAAAGAAUAUACCCUUUCUUAUAACAGAGAAAUGUGCAUGGCUGAUGGAAAGAAGCAGUUGGAGAACAAAACCUUGCCAAAUCAGCUGCGUGAGGACAGAGCCAUGCCUAGCGCAGCUGGUAGAAGGCAGUGUGUAACAGCAAACAUUAAAGCAUUGACAGCAUCUUCUGCUCCUCCUCAGAAUAAAAUCAUGAAAAGCACUGGAGAACAAGUGGGUGAACCAAGAUCUCAGCCCUGUAAGAAGCUGAGCUUGUCUGUGCAGCUUGGUUCCUUAGAAAAGUUCAGGAGAUACUAUGGGAGGGCUGAGUGUAUGCUCUCAACACCACUGCCAGAGGAGCGUGAAUGCGGUCUCACUGUUCUAAAUUCACAAGCUGUUCCCGACUCUUCAAAGAGUCAGGAUGACAAUCACGGUAACCUGAGCAUUUGUGAAACUCCAGGUUUGAAAUACACAGAUUCUCAUACCAGUAGCCGAGUUGUUGGUUCUUUGGAAAAGACUCUGUUCAGCAGCAAAGAUACAGUACUGGGUGGGCAAGCACUUUCCCAGAAUAAGAGUCCUUUCCCAUUGACUGACUGUGCUCAGGUUUCUAAAAAAACUGUGAGUAGUGCAAGAUCUCUGGGUUCAUUAGCAUCUAAACUGUCCAGAAUGAGAAGUGACCGCAGAGAAGCAGAACAACCUGGUGACUGCUUGCAAACGGACUCCAGCAGGAGAGAUAACAACUCACUCAAUCUUGAAUCUUCAAAUAAUGAGUGUGUGCCUAAGAGUUCUCAAAUGUAUAAAACCACCAUGGAAAAAAUAACGAGAUACUAUUUCAGCUUUUCUAAGGAGGAUACACCCUGGCAACUGGACAGUGCAAGAGCAGAGGCCAUGGACAGUACUGUGAGCCAGCCAGCACUUAGCAGCACCAGAAGGGAGCAUGCAGUCUCCUUGAGCCCUGUUUCAUCAUUACCUGGUAAAAAAGAGCAUCCUAAUGUCAUCUCUACAGAGGAAAGUGCAUUAGGUGAAUCCACAGAACAAACUCUGAAUGCUGCUGAGGUUCCCUGUAGGACCUCCCUAAGCUCCUUGGAAUUCACUGCAGAUGAUGCAAGGACAGGUGAUGCCAAGAAUGACUCUCAUUUUUCUGACUGGUUGCAAGAUUUUGAUGUUUCGUCAGGUAAGACGAUCUACAUCAAUAGAACUACUGGACUGAGCUCUUACAGCACUCCCCCUGCGGAAGAGUUUCAAGCUGCCUGCACUAAAGAUAUAACAACAAUGGCUGUGAAUGUUGUCUCAGAGAAUGGAUUUCAGUGCAGGUGCCAUCCCUUUAGAAGUGAGAUUGUGCUACCCUUCCUUCCUAGACCUCGGAAAGAGAGGACUGUAGCAAGCCAGGAUCUGAGAGAUGCUGAAGGGGAGUCGCUCCAGUCAUUGUUUUCAGAAUGGGAUAAUCCUGUUUUUGUUCGCUGCCCAGAGAUUGCUGUUGAUGUGACCAGCAGUCAGGCUGAGAAUCUGGCUGUGAAAAUUCAUAAUAUCUUGUAUCCUUAUCGUUUCACCAAAGACAUGAUUCAUUCAAUGCAGGUUCUUCAGCAAGUGGACAAUAAAUUUAUUGCUUGUUUAAUCAACACUAGGAAUAAAAUGGAUAAAAAAGCAGGUGGAAACCUCUUGGUUUUGGUGGAUCAACAUGCAGCUCAUGAACGAAUCCGCCUGGAGCAGCUUAUUGCAGAUUCCUAUGAGAAGGAGGCUGCCACAUGUGGCAAGAAGAAAAUAAUGUCCUCCUCCAUCUGUCCCCCUUUGGAGAUUGAAGUAACAGAGGAACAAAGAAGAUUGUUACGAUGCUGCCACAAAAACUUGGAGGAUUUAGGCCUUGAAUUAUCAUUUCCCGAGACCAACCACUCCUUGAUUCUUGUGGGGAAGGUGCCACUGUGUUUUAUAGAAAGAGAGGCCAAUGAGUUACGACGGAAAAGACAGCCCGUCGCUAAGAGCAUUGUGCAGGAGUUUAUUCAAGAACAAGUUGAGCUAGUGCAGACCACAGGAGGAGCACGAGGGACACUGCCUCUGACAUUUCUGAAGGUGUUAGCUUCCCAAGCGUGUCAUGGGGCUAUUAAGUUUAAUGACAGUUUGACUUUGGAGGAGAGCUGUCAGCUCAUUGAAGCUUUGUCAUCGUGCCAGCUGCCCUUCCAGUGUGCUCACGGGAGACCUUCCAUGAUGCCCCUUGCAGACAUAGACCAUCUCCAGGAGGAAAAGCAGCCUAAACCUAAUUUGGCCAGACUGAGGAAAAUGGCACGUGCAUGGCACUUAUUUGGGGAAAAAAAAAAGAACCUAACUAAAGCAGCGAACGCUGUAAAGCCCAACCACCAAAUGCGCUGAUACGAUGCCAAGUUCCCAGCUGGAGAGCACUGACUUGGCCUAUGGCACUGGACGAGAAACUUGGCUCCACAGAGGUUCUGCCCAGAGCACUGGGCUACAAAGCACA